AUGGCUCACCCCACACAGUCAGAUGAGCUGGUAUUUUUUGUGAAUGGCAGAAAGGUCACUGAAAGAUGUGCUGAUCCUGAAGAACUGCUGCUUUACUACCUGAGAAAAUGCCUCCGUCUCACAGGAACCAAGUAUGGCUGUGGAAUCGGAGGCUGUGGAGCCUGCACUGUCAUGGUCUCUACGUACGACCCUGACACCAAGAAAAUACAUCAUUUUCCAGCCAACUCUUGCCUGCUCCCAUUAUGCUCAUUGCACGGUGCUGCAAUAACCACUGUGGAAGGAGUUGGAAACACAAAAACCAAGCUUCAUCCCAUUCAGAAAAGGCUCGCCAAGUGCCACGGCUCCCAGUGUGGCUUCUGUACCCCCGGAAUGGUGAUGUCGAUGUAUUCUCUGCUAAGGAAUCACCCAGAGCCUACCAUGGAGCAGAUAACUGCUGCACUAGACGGUAAUUUAUGUCGUUGUACUGGGUACAGACCUAUAAUUGAUAGCUUCAGUGCUUUCUCACAGGCGUCCUGUCCCCUGGCAGGAAGUGGAAAAUGUUGCUUGGAUCAAGAAGGUGUGGAGGGGAAAGAAAAAGAAGAAGAUUUAGCUCCAGAACCUAAAAGAGGAGAUCGGAUGUGUUCAGGUCUAUGCCCACCAGAGGACUUCCAGCCCAAGGACUCAACCCAGGAUUAUAUAUUUCCUCCUGAACUCAUGAGAAUAGCCGAAGCGAGCAAACGAAGAACUCUGGUUUUCAAUGGAAAAAGGACUACAUGGAUUUCUCCUGUAACACUCCGGGAACUUCUGGGCCUAAAAGCCAAGUAUCCAAAUGCCCCUCUUGUUGUAGGGAAUACUAGUAUAGGCAUUGAUGUGAAAAAACUGGGUAUUUAUUAUCCAGUUAUCCUUCAUCCUGCUAGGGUUCCGGAUCUGCAUAUUGUCUACCGGACAAAAAAUGGUCUAGUGAUAGGUGCAGCAACCAACUUUGCCAAAUUGAGGGACAUCCUGCUAAAUGUUGUCCCAGAACUCCCAGCGGAGAAGACGAAGACUUACCGUACUCUGUUGAAGCAGCUGAGAACCCUUGCAGGAGAACAGAUCAGGAAUGUGGCUUCCUUAGGAGGACACAUUGUAAGUAGAGGGUCGCCCUGGGAUCUGAACCCUGUCCUAGCAGCUGGGAAAGCUAUCCUCAACCUGGCAUCAACAGAUGGAACACGAUGGAUUCCCCUGAAUGGUGAAUUCCUUGCACGAUUGCCAAGGGCUGACCUUUCUCCCGAAGAGGUCAUAGUCUCAGUUUUUAUUCCAUUCACAAAGAAGGAUGAAUUUGUGUCCGCCUUCCGACAGGCUGAGCGGAGGAAGAAUGCACUGUCAGUGACCAACUCUGCAAUGCAAGUCCGAUUCCAGCCGGGCACUGAUGUCAUUGAGGAGCUGACUAUUUUAUAUGGAGGCACUGGCCGUGCCACAGUGAGUGCCCCGGUCACCUCUCAGAAGCUACGAGGAAGAAAAUGGAAUGAGCAGAUGCUGAAUGAAGCUUAUAGGCUCAUUCUUGAAGAAAUUCAACUAUCUCCUUCAGCACUAGGCGGAAAAGUAGAAUACAGACGAACUCUGCUUGUCAGCUUCUUUUUCAGAUUCUAUUUGAAAGUGCUGCAGGAUUUAAAGUACCUGUACCCAUGCAAAUAUCCUGAAUUGCCAGAGGAAAACUUGAGUGCCUUAGAUGAGUUCGUUGAGCAUCCCCCACGGGGUGUGCAAGUGUAUCAGGAUGUGGAUCCUCAGCAACCACCUCAGGAUCCAGUGGGGCGUCCCGUCAUGCAUCAGUCUGGGAUUAAGCAUGCCACCGGUGAGGCUGUCUACACUGAUGACAUUGGUCCAAUAGACGGACAGCUCUACAUGGCUGCGGUAACCAGCACACGAGCCCAUGCAAAGAUUCUAUCCAUCAGUACUUCUGAGGCCUUAGAAUCACCAGGGGUGGUCACUGUGGUAUCAGCUGCUGAUAUUCCAGGGAAAAAUGGCGAUGAACAUGAGAAAGUGUUUGCUGAAGAUGAGGUAAUAUACAUUGGUCACAUUAUCUGUGGUGUGGUUGCAGAGACCUAUGAACUUGCAAAGGAAGCCACCAGAAAAGUGAAGAUACGGUAUCGAGACCUGGAACCGAUUCUGACAAUUGAGGAUGCCAUAUGGCAUAAUUCAUACCUCAUAGAAGAAAGGAAAAUAGAACAAGGAAAUGUUGAUGAAGCAUUUUACACAGUUGACCAAAUUAUUGAAGGUGAAAGCCACACUGGAGGACAAAAACAUUUUUAUCUUGAAACAAAUUCUACUGUUGUCAUUCCGAGAAAAGAGGACAAUGAAUUGAUAGUCUAUGUCUCUACACAGGAUACUUCGAAUGUGCAGCAACUGGUGGCUUCAACAUUGGGUAUCCAGUCCAAUAGGAUCAAUUGCCAGAUGACACGAGCUGGUGGAGCUUUUGGUGGGAAAAUGACAAAGCCUUCAUUUUUUGCCGCUGCCGCAGCAGUAGCAACCCACAAAACUGGCUGUCCAGUACGUUUUGUUAUGGAACGAGAUGAUGACAUGUUCAUAACUGGAGGCCGAAGCCCUUUUUUGGGGAAAUAUAAAGUGGGAUUCAUGAAUGAUGGUAAAAUCAAAGCUGUUGACCUUGAGUAUUACGUAGAUGGUGGGUGUACAAAAGAUAUGUCUGACAUGGUAAUAGAAUAUGUGGUGCUAAAAAGUUUUAACGCUUAUGAUAUCCCCAACUUCCGAUGUCGCGGACGUGCCUGCAAGACUAAUUUGCCAUCAAAUACCGCAUUUCGAGGAUUUGGUUUCCCACAAACUGGCUUUGCUGCAGAAGUCUGGGUUGAGGCUGUCGCAGAUGAACUUGGCUUGCCUCAUGUCACGGUCCGGGAGAUGAACAUGUACAAAACGGCUACUACCACUCCCUUCAAACAAGAGAUUGAUCCCCAGAAUCUGAUUGUAUGCUGGAAAGAAUGCUUGAAGCGGUCUGAUUACUACAACAAAAGCAGAGCAAUAGAAGAAUUUAACAAAACAAGCUACUGGAAGAAGAAAGGAAUUGCAAUUAUUCCCAUGAUGUUUUCAAAUGGAGGCACUAAGACAUUUUACCAUCAGGCUGCGUCUCUGGUGAACAUCUAUGUGGAUGGCUCCGUGUUGGUGCACUGUGGUGGAUCUGAACUGGGACAAGGGCUUUACACGAGGGUGUUACAGGUUGCCAGCCAUGAAUUAAUGAUACCCUUGUCUUACAUACAUAUUUUUGAAAGAACUACAGCUCCUAUACCCAACGCAAUUGUCACAGCGGGAGCUAUUUCCACGGAAUGCAACUGCAAAGCAGUCCAGAUUGCUUGUCAAACUCUCCGGAAGCGGCUCGAGCCAGUCAUUAAAAAAAAUCCACAGGGCAAAUGGGAAGAUUGGGCUAAAACCGCUUUUAGCGAAAGCAUCAACCUGUCGGCUGCUGGCUACUUCCCGGGAUAUCACUCCAAUAUUGACUGGAAGACUGGAAAAGGCCAUCCUUUUCCAUAUUUUGUUUUUGGUGCUGCUUGCUCCGAAGUUGAGAUUGACUGCCUGACAGGGGAUCAUAAAAAUCUCCAGACAGACAUUGUUAUCGAUGCCUGUUACAGCAUCAAUCCGGCAAUCAAUGUAGGACAGAUUGAAGGAGGUUUUAUGCAGGGACUUGGAUAUUAUACAUCAGAGGAAGUAAAAUUCUCCCCAGAAGGACAGCAGUACACUCUGGGUCCAGACAUGUAUAAAAUCCCUGCUGUUUGUGAUGUCCCAGAACAACUGAGAAUCUACAUGCUGCCAAACACAAGGAACCCAAUUGCAAUCUACUCCUCCAAGGGUUUGGGAGAAGCUGGAGUAUUCUUGGCCUCAUCCGUGUUCUUCGCCAUCAAGGAUGCCGUGGCUGCUGCCCGGAAGCAAAGAGGACUGAAUGGAGUUUUUACCCUGGACAGUCCACUGAACAUAGCAAGGAUUCGCAUGGCGUGUACCGAUCAUUUUACAGAGAUGAUUCCAAAGGAUGUACCUGGAACCUAUAAACCUUGGGCUAUUGAUGGGACCUAAAAUACUUGGCUUUUCAUCCCUUAGGUUGUGAUUAAUAAUUGUGUUUGUUUCUCUUAUGAGGCUUAGAAUUGCAAACUAACAAUCAUAUACUACAAAUAGUUGAUGUUCACAUUAGCUCUGCUUGACUGAUGUAAACAAAAGGUUUUUUGUUUGUUUUUUGAAGUGCUGGAAUCAAAUGGUGUACUGUUGUAUCAUUAGAACUUGGAAUCAACCAGUUGCAAUGGUGUAGGGGCUUGGAAAAUAUAGCAUCCAAUUGUAAGUUUUGGCAAUUUAUGGUAUUAAAUGAUCGCUUUCUGUAAGAAUUCUACUUCCAGCCCCAACUAACAACCCAGCAUCAUCAGCAUCACCACCACCACCCUCUGCCCGUAUUUUUCUCCCACGCUUGGACUGUCAGUUCUGUGUGAGGUGAGCUAGGCAAUUUUCAUAGGUAUAAGUUGUUGUUUGCCGUCUGUACUUGGUUGAAUGUUAAACGAUUUGGUUUAUAAUAAUUUUACAGACUAUUUUAAACAUGUGUGUACACUGCCCUGAGCCCAGCCUUUGUCGGGAAGGGCGGGAUAAAAAUUUAAAUAAUGAUAAUGAUAAUUACUUGUUGAGCUGCUGAUCUUCAUGUUAGUUAGUUAGAUCCUCCCAUGCUAAGGAGCAUAUCAGGCAACAAGUGCUCUUCAGCAGUUCCGGUCUUGGGCAAGUUUUUCAGCCUCUUCUCAUGCAAUAUUCAGUGCCUUCAGGUCUUGCUCAAAUGUUCUCCUCCAGAUAUUUCUGGGGCACCCUCACUGUCAUUUGGCAUUCAGGAUCUUCAUGGAACAUUCCGAUUGUUCAAAGUGAUUGCUGCAUAAAUUGAAUUCGUGUGUUUGUGUCUUAAACAGUUUAUUAAAUUUAAAGUUUUUUUAAAAACCCUCAAUUAUAUAUGUACAUAUCAACAACUUAGUAUCCACAAUCAUACAUUUUGUUCUUAAGUAAUGCAUGAUCUCCCAACAAUUGUCAAAAAAUAGCACACUCAGUAAAUAAUCAAAAACCAUUGAGAAAUUUUUACCAGUGAGAAAGAGAAAUCAGUUCCUAACUGUCUUCAUAAAUAAAACUUUCAAAGCUACCUCAUUAAAUGCAGAGAAAAGGAAACACACAAAAACAUACUUUGAAUGAGGUAUUAUUUAACUUACAUAUUCAAAUGAUACAAAAUACAAUGUCUGUUUUUUCCGCAUUCUGUCUACACAUCCAACCAAUGCUGUGCCAAGCUGCACUGGCUCCAGGUGGAGCACCGGAUCACGUUCAAGGAGCUUGUACUUUCAUGCAAAGCCUCUAACGGUCUGGGGCCCAUGUACCUUAGGGACCCACUCUCCUGGUAUGUUCCCCAGAGAGCCUUGAAAUCAGGUAAUAAUAACUUACUGGUGGCCCCUGAUCCUUGAGAAGUUUGACCAAGGCUAGGACUCUCCUUCUCCCCGCCUUCUUUUCCUGUCCCUCCUCUUUUUCCCUUGAGUUUCCUUCCCUCCCUUUUUCCUUUCCCCCCUGUUUUUUCCAUUUCUUCUGCCCCCACUAGUGGGAAUCAAUCACAUAGCUGCAACGGGGGGGCAUACCCCAGGCGCUCA